CAAAAGUUUCUUCAUAAUGUACAAAUUGAAGUCGACUCCAUGGAAGAGAUUGACAACUGUGCAUUAUCAGCUCCCAUCCACAGCAAGGGACAGUGCAGUAAAAUCCUUUUCCUUUGCCAUCAACAGUGCUUGUAAAUGAGUGGUAAUAGUAUUUCUGUUUGGGCUUACAUUUAAAAAUGUUUGCUUUUUAUGUGGAAACAUGACAUUGCACACUUUAUUCAUUCACAGCUUUACAAACUCUCCAUCUGUACAUUCACGGGCUGAUUUAGCCACAGUAAAACUAGCUUUCAAGGCAGCCUUACUUGGAGAUUUUGCUUUUUGUUAAUAUAGUCUGCUGUGACAACGAACUCUUUUUUUAACUCUUCUACUUUCUACAGCUUCUGCUGUCUGUCCACGUCCUUGAACUUGAACUGUCUAAGGUUAUAUUCCUGCAAAGUUGUAUUCUUUAGCUAUGACCACGUCAGCGCUGCAAACAAGGCAAGUGGUUCGGCCACUAUUGCUAGUGAGUAGAUAAUCUGCCUCCCACCUCUCUUGAAAGCCCCUGUUUUCAGAGUUUACUUUUCAUCUGGCCAUUUGUUUUGAGGGCCUUAUUUAAAUUUAUUUAAAAGUGGUGAGCCUGGUAGACCACUGCCUUCUGAUGAGUGUGUCAAUAGAGCAGUGGGGAGCUGCAACUGAGCUGGAUUUUGGAAUUUGUGGUAUCAGGGGUCUGUGUUGCUACAUACAAGCAGGGCAGUUAUGAUAGAUGCUUGAUAUUAUCAUUAUCUGUAUUGCAUAAUAUCUAUAAUGAUAUGUAAUGUAUGAGCCUUGAGCUGACAUGUCUGCUCUAGAGACUCUGGCUAUGUUACAAGUUAUGGACUCUUACUUUGAAGGUGAACCCAAACAUGGUCUGUCUAUCAAUAUUGUGCGUGAGAGAAGGGCACUGAGAGGAGUAGGUCUGGUUAGUUCUUUGACAUCUUGGAGCUUUUAUUUUGACACUGUAGCAGUUACGAGGCAGUGCAUUUUAUUUUGGUAAGCUUCUUUUAACUUUAACUUCAUUUUGAUAGUAUAGACUACCUCAAAGCACCCGUUUAAGUUCCUGUAACUAACUGGGGGCUUUCACGUAAAAAAAAAAAAAAAAAUCCAAUAAAUUCUUCCUGUUAGGCCUGCAACAAACUCAUUCCUGUUCUUAAAAAAAGUAAAAAUCCUUCUGCGAUGGAUCCAAAAAUAUAGAAGCCACACAGUUUGUGUCUAGUGAAAGAGCAGACAGAAGAGCCUCAAAAAGAUAGUUACAACUCAAAAAACUAUUACUCUUGACCAAAAAAUUAUUUCACUGUGUUCAGCACAAUCUCGUACCUUAACAUUGUCAUGUACCUACUGCAUUACACACACUGACGGACUGAUGUGCUGAUAUGUGAUGUGUUGUGCUGCUCAUUAAUCAGUUGAAACUUAAAUGAGUUUGGAGUGGCUGUUUUUAAGAUGAUGUCAUGGUUUCAGCUGCACAGAAAGCAACCCUCUACGAGACGUCUUCACUGUGCAGCGUCCUGCAGGGCUCACCACAGUUGCAGCCACUGAUCUCAACAUCAUAAACCAAAAAGAGAAGCACGACUGGACUGCUGGCGAAAUGACAUUGAUCUACAGCGAGACGGCGGGUACUCAGAUCAUCCAGCACCAGGAUUCACUAACGGACUACUGCUCCAUAUCAUCAAACCGCUCUCUGGACCCUCUAGAGUCAGACUGCUCAGACACUGCAGACCUCAGCCUACAAACCAGCUGCAGUGGUGUGUCUCUGGCUACAGACCUGGACCAGAUGGGCGGCGACCAGGAUGAGCAAGCGUCCCCCAACCCCGAGUCUGGCCUGGCAAUGACCCCCACAGCGCCUCAGCUGCAGGCCUUUGCUGUGCUGCUAGUGAAUGAAACUCUGUGGAUCCCCAGGCAUGGAGGUGAUGUGAUGGUCAUUGAAAUACAGCCACAUGCUCAUCAGCUACAGGGACGUGUCAUUGCUGUCCUUCGCCCACCUGGAUGUUCCUGUUUGGGGAUACUGAAAGAGGCAGCGCUAGUGGCAAAGGACACAGUUGUAUGUGGCUUUCAGAAGGAAAACAUGGAGUGGUGCCUGUGUGUCUGGAGAGGCUGGGGCUGCUGCGAGCUGGAGGUUUUCUACCAGUCCUAUGAGGAACUCGGCCACUUGGAGACCAACAUGAGAAAAAGAAGGUAGCUGCUGUACUGCGACAGCGAGGCAUAGAAUCACGACUCUGUAUGGUGGGCGAACCGAGGGAAUUUACACUAACAGACUGCCAGUGUUCAGAGCAGGGGGCCGCCAAACACUGACAUCAGGGCAUCGUAGGAGGGAGACGAGGUCUGCCGUGAGGGCUGAGCCUCGGGCUGAGCGAUGUGGUAAUGUCCCCCCACUACCUCAGUACCACAGUACCAAUGCUAUGUUAAGACCUGAAAAAUCUAUUAUCCCACAGUAGACACCGUGAGUCACAAAACUGAGUCACAAAGUUACCAGAACAGAGUCCAGAUACUACAGUGAGUGCGUUUUCUUCAGCACAGCAGACUGUUAGCCAGUUUGAUAAGACUGUGAUUCAGCUGCUGCAGUCUAUUAUUUAUUCUGUGUCCAUUUCAGUCUUUCUUUAUUUAGCUAGUCCAGUCUAGAACUUUGUGCUCUCUGUAGGUGACACUGGACAGGGACAUGUGUUGACAUUUUAUGGCACUGGCAACGAGAUUCUCACAUAUUCAGAAUACUGUGUCUUUUUCCAGAAUCUUCCAGUGAAUUACAUUUUCAACCUGAGCUAUGUUCUACAAAGCACUUUACAAUGCGUUUCUCGUCCUCACUCAAAUCCAUGUAUGGUGCUCACCUACCACUGGGAGCAACUUAGGGUCCAAGACACUUGGGCACAUGGGGAACCAGAGAUCAACCACCAACCUUACGAUUAGGGGACAGCCUGCUCCAUCACCUAAGCCAUGGCUAAACUGCGGCAUAAGAAUCUGCAUGCUAGCCACAGCUCCCACUGUUACCAUGGAGGCCUGCAUGCAACAAACUAAUAUCUGUGUCCUCUGAAACAUUAUUUAACAGACCAUUUUUGUCUCAUGUUGUGACUUUGACAGGUUUGACUUCAAGUUAAACAAACACAGUUUUCUCUUUUUUUACUAAAUAAAGCUCAGUUUUGGCUUAAGA